AUGCCUGAAGAGCGCGGUGGAGAGAACAGUGGAGAGCACGGUGGAGAGAAUGGUGGAGAGAACAGUGGAGAGCACGGUGGAGAGAAUGGUGGAGAGAACGGUGGAGAGAACAGUGUAGAGAACAGUGUAGAGAACGGUGGGGAGAAUGGUGGAGAGCACGGUGGAGAGCACGGUGGAGAGAACAGUGUAGAGAACAGUGUAGAGAACGGUGGAGAGCACGGUGGAGAGGACGGUGGAGAGAACAGUGGAGAGCACGGUGGAGAGCACGGUGGAGAGCACGGUGGAGAGCACGGUGGAGAGAACAGUGUAGAGAACAGUGGAGAGAACAGUGGAGAGAAUGGUGGAGAGCAUGGUGGAGAGAAUGGUGGAGAGAAUGGUGGAGAGAACAGUGUAGAGAACAGUGGAGAGAACAGUGGAGAGAACGGUGGAGAGCACGGUGGAGAGGACAGUGGAGAGCACGGUGGAGAGCACGGUGGAGAGCACGGUGGAGAGAACAGUGUAGAGAACAGUGUAGAGAACAGUGGAGAGCACGGUGGAGAGAACAGUGUAGAGAACAGUGUAGAGAACAGUGGAGAGAACGGUGGAGAGCACGGUGGAGAGAAUGGUGGAGAGCACGGUGGAGAGAACAGUGGAGAGAACGGUCGAGAGCACGGUGGAGAGAACUCUGGAGAGGACAGUGGAGAGGACGGUGGAGAGAUCGGUGGAGAGGACGGUGGAGAGGACGGUGGAGAGAUCGGUGGAGAGGACGGUGGAGAGCACGGUAGAGAUCACGGUGGAGAGCACGGUGGAGAGGAUGGUGGAGAGCACGGUGGAGAGAACAGCGGAGAGAACUGUGGAGAGGACAGUGGAGAGGACGGUGGAGAGAUCGGUGGAGAGGACGGUGGAGAGAAUGGUGGAGAGGACGGUGGAGAGCACGGUAGAGAUCACGGUGGAGAGGACAGUGGAGAGCACGGUGGAGAGGAUGGUGGAGAGAAUGGUGGAGAGAACGGUGGAGAGAACAGUGUAGAGAACAGUGUAGAGAACAGUGGAGAGGACAGUGGAGAGGAUGGUGGAGAGAACGGUGGAGAGCACGGUGGAGAGAAUGGUGGAGAGCACGGUGGAGAGAAGAGUGGAGAGAACGGUCGAGAGGACAGUGGAGAGGACGGUGGAGAGAUCGGUGGAGAGGACGGUGGAGAGAUCGGUGGAGAGGACGGUGGAGAGCACGGUAGAGAUCACGGUGGAGAGCACGGUGGAGAGGAUGGUGGAGAGCACGGUGGAGAGAACAGUGGAGAGAACUGUGGAGAGGACAGUGGAGAGGACGGUGGAGAGAUCGGUGGAGAGGAUGGUGGAGAGAAUGGUGGAGAGGAUGGUGGAGAGCACGGUGGAGAGGAUGGUGGAGAGGACGGUGGAGAGAUCGGUGGAGAGGAUGGUGGAGAGAAUGGUGGAGAGGAUGGUGGAGAGCACGGUGGAGAGGAUGGUGGAGAGAUCGGUGGAGAGGACGGUGGAGAGAAGUCAUUAAUCACUGAUGCAACGUCUCAAGGACUAUUUUGGUUUGCAAAUGUACCCUGUGGCUUAGCAUCAUUGACCCUCUGA